CGUGGGUGGAAAAGGGUCUUUGCCCUUCAUUGAGUAAGAGUUGUCUGAUUCUCUGCUUGUUCUCCUUAUCUUUCUCCAACAUGGUGUGUCUGUGGUUUGCUAGAGGCUCCUGGGCUGCAGCUCUGACAGUGACAUUGAUGGUACUGAACCCUCCCCUGAUAUGGGCCAGAGACACUUCACCACACUUCCUGUUUCUGGGAAAGGCGGAGUGUCAUUACACCAACGGCACGGAGCGGGUGCAGCUCCUGGACAGAUACUUCUACAACGGCGAGGAGUUCGUGCGCUUCGACAGCGACGUGGGGGAAUACCGGGCGCUGACGGAGAUGGGGCGGCCGGACGCCGAGUACUGGAACAAGCAGAAGGACAUCAUAGAGCAGAAGCGGGCCGAGCUGGACACGGUGUGCAAACACAACUACGGGGUCGUUGAGAGCUUCACGGUGCAACGGCGAGUUAUGCCUGUAGUGACUGUGUAUCCUACAAAGACACAACCCCUGCAGCACCACAACCUUCUGGUCUGCUCUGUGAAUGGUUUCUAUCCAGGUCACAUUGAGGUUAAGUGGUUCAAGAAUGGUCAGGAAGAGGAGACUGGGGUCAUCUCCACAGGCCUGAUCUAUAAUGGAGACUGGACCUUCCAGAUCCUGGUGAUGCUUGAAACUAUUCCUCAGAGUGGAGAGGUCUAUACCUGCCAAGUGGAGCAUGCAAGCCACACAAAUCCUGUCACAGUGGAGUGGAGAGCACAAUCUGAAUCUGCACAGAACAAGAUGCUGAGUGGAGUUGGGGGCCUUGUUAUUGGCAUACUUUUCCUUGGCGUGGGGCUGUUUAUCUACUUUAGGAAUAAAAAAGGACACACUGGAAUUCAGCCAACAGGACUCUUGAGUUGAAAUGGAGAUGGUGACAACCAAGGAAGACCCUUCUGUCCAAGAUUUUUUUUUUUUACAGUACGCCAUGAAAAAAUUUUCUGCUUGACUCUCAUUCUUUCACAAAAGGAGUACUUAUUCAAGAUUUGGUCUGCUCCUGGCUCAGUGGUCAAAGAAAACAUCUUCCCUGAUAGUUUCUUCAGUCUCUCUGAAAGCUUCCAUUAUUGAUUGCAAUGUCUCACCUAUAUGUUUUUCCAGCUUCUUUUUUAUUUGACACAUAUUGCUUCUUAUGCAUAUAAUGUUACUUUUACUCACAUUUCUAUAUAAAGUUUUCCUCAAAUAAACAUAAAGUGAAAAAAAUCAUCUGUUUUAUACAACAUCGAGGGAAUUAAGUAUAAAGAAAAUAAUUAAAGGCAUCUGAUGGUGGUAUACCCAGUUGAGCACACAUAUUACCAUGUGGAAAGACCUGGGUUCAAGCUUCAGUCUCCACCUAUAGGGGGAAAACUUCAUGAGUGGUGAUGUAAGUCUGAUAGUGUCUAUCUCCCCUCCCCUUUAAAUUUCUCUCUGUCCUAUAAAAAAUAAGUAGAUAUUAAAAGAGAGAGAAAGAGAGAAAGGAAAGAUUAUUAUUAAUACAAUAAAGGUUUUCAUUUAUAUUCCUGAAUUAAGUCACUGGUGAAUUUAGGUUUCUUUGAGCAUUUCCAUUUUAUCUCGAAUUUUUUUGCAUUUUAAUUAGCAAAGACCUUUAAUGAAUCUUUCCUAGAAGAAACCUUAAGUAGUUCUUUAGGAGAGGACUCUAAUGAGCUCAUAGCAUAUUGUUUUCCCACAUCUUUGCAUUUUUGGAGACAAACUAGUCUUUGGACAUCAAGGGACACCAAAAGGGAACAGUAGAAAUAAGAAAAUAGAUAGCUUGUAUGAAUAUGAUUCGGUAUCUUUUUGCAACCAUGAUUUUCUCUUACUCUUUAAAAUAAAACAUUGUAAACUAGA